AAUCAGUGAUUUAAGUAAAAAAAAAAAAUUGUACGUAAAAAGUUUCUUUGAUUUUUUUUACCUUUAAUAUUUUCCUUUGUUAAAAUUACUUGCCUUUGUGGAAUAAAGUAAUAAAUUGUAGAUGGAGCGUAUAAGCUAUGAAAAUGAUACUUUGCUUGAUCAGUCACAAAGGGAAGUUUUCUUGCAUCUGCUGCCUGUGAUCGUGUGUAUGGCUGUCGUCGGCAUCGUCGGUAUUCUCGGCAACAUCCUUACUAUCAUCUUUUACGCCUUUAAACAAAAGCGUUCACCCUCUACCAUACAGAUAGCUUGUCUCGCCGCUGUAGACCUGAUGGUAUGCAUUAUGAUCAUUCCGAAUAUUAUAGAAAUGGUCGUUAACGUGAAAUUUAACCAAAGCUUUAUGUGUAAAUUCACACACUUUCUAGGACUAUGGACAAUCGCCAGUUCUUGUUUAAUCCUCUGGAUUAUUGCUUUGGACAGGCAUAGGAAAAUAUGCAAACCAUUUGCAAAGCAGACGACAGUAAGGUCAACUGAAUAUGCAAUUACAGGGAUUGUGGUUUUCUCAUUUUUUCUCUCUGUGCGAAAUUUUGCAAAUUUUGACAGUAUAAAGAUUGAUGUGCCUGUCACAGGUACCAACAGAACAAUCAGUGGUCAAUACUGUACAACCAGAGAUGACUCCGGAUACAAAAUCAGUGUUUCGAUAUUUCACAGCAUUGACUUUGUACUUUUAUUGAUGGUAUGGGUAACAGUUAUUGUUACAUACACACGAGUUAUUUAUACACUUUUUAGACUGAGACGCACCAGGAAACGAGAAAUUCCGAGUGUACAUAUAGAGCAGAGUUCUCAUGUGAAACUUAACAGAAGAGAUGAGACGAAGGACAACGUAGAGUUACAUGAAUUGAAGAGCCAGUCCGAUACGCAAGACAGCGACACGUCUGAACUCAAAUAUCCAGCCGAUACCCUAUCCUCUUCUACCGAAUUCAGCACUGGAGAUAUGACAACCCUCCACAGCUACAGUCAUUCGCCAGCAGUAUCAACAGCCACUGGUAAAAACCAUUCUCAUGUGGUUCCUUCUGUAAGCGGAGGAACAUUUUCACAUCACAGUCUGAGGAGAACUGUUUGCAAACUAAACACCCGGAAGCGGAAACGCCGCCAUAAGAUCGCCGCGCGCAGCGCAUCGGAGAGAAAUCUAACAUACAUGAUGUUGACCGUCUCUGUUUUAUUCAUACUAUGUUUCUUUCCAUACUUUGUUAUCAAAAUAAUAAUGCGGUUGGUACUAAAGUCUGGAGAAGAGUUCGAAUUGGCGGUUGGAACACAAUUUGCUUUGAGGCUUGUGUAUUUUAACAGUGUUUUCAAUCCUGUCAUCUAUUGUUUCUUCAAUCCACAGUUUAGGAGAUAUAUAAAAUAUACGCUUUUGAAAUGUUUUCAGUGUGCUCAGAAUAAAAUGUCGUCUGAUUCUUAAACUGAUUUCACUUUGCUAACAAAUAUCAAAUCUGAACAUAACCAGCAAGAAAUGGAAACUUUAAAAUAGCGAUCAGAAUAUAUGUAGCUUUCAUGCAUGCACAUGCCAAACUAUCUAACCCGCCAUGCCGUGUAUAAACCUGGUCUCUGAUAUAUAAACAGAAAAGACAUUUCGUUGCGAUCAGUGCAAUGUUGUAAGUGUCGUUUAUUGUUGUUUAAAUGAAAAUAAAAUAUCCAGAUCUGCA